UGCAAGCCUAUACAGGAAGUGAAAAACUUGUUCUUAAUUACGGCAGCUGUCGAAACUUCUGCAGUCAUUUGACUUGGCUUUCACAUUUUGCAUACCCCAUAAACCGGAGACAUGGCCUCUCAGAAGUGUUUCUCCAAAGGAAGUCCUCCUCCUGGUCCAGUUCCCGAAGGAAAAAUCAGAAUUUACAGCAUGAGGUUCUGCCCAUUUGCCCACAGGGCCCGACUUGUGCUGAAUGCCAAAGGAAUCGAGCAUGACAUCAUCAACAUUAACCUGAGAGAUAAACCCGAGUGGUUCCUGGAGAUGAACCCACUAGGCCUCGUCCCAACCUUGGAGACAGCUGCUGGUGAGGUGGUGUAUGAGUCUCCCAUCACAUGUGAAUACCUGGAUGAGGUGUACCCGGAGAAGAAGCUGCUUCCCUCUGAUCCUUUUGGGAAAGCUCAGCAGAAGAUGAUGAUGGAGCACUUUUCUAAGGUAUCUCCAUACUUCUAUAAAAUCCCAACGGCCAAGACCAAGGGUGAAGACAUAUCAGGACUGGAAGCUGAACUGAAAGAGAAGUUUGCAAAGCUGAAUGAGGAUCUAGUGAAUAAAAAGACCCAAUACUUUGCUGGUGACGCCAUCACAAUGAUUGACUACAUGAUGUGGCCAUUUUUUGAGAGACUUGAGACCUUUGACCUGGAACACUGCCUGGAUAACACACCCCAACUGAAGAAGUGGAAACAGCAGAUGCAGGAGGACCCUGCUGUUAAAGCUAGUGGGCACAGUGUGAACACCUAUAAAGCCUACUACACAACUUACUUCGAGGGGAAUCCCAAUUUUGACUAUGGCCUGUAGAAAGCAUUGACCUUACACCCACUAUUGUGUUUGUGUUUAUAUUUCUGGUCAGAUUUCUCUGUGGGUCUGAGGUAAUCGCAAAACCAGUUUUCAUCUUAUUUCAAAAUGGGCGUUUUUUUUAAAUUUUCUAAUAAAGUCUUACAGGCUUGAA